AACAUGGCAAACGUGUGGACGCAGAUGGGCUAUGUGCCUCCACACGGGCAGUGCAACUUCAAGCAAUCGAUUGUAUCCCCGCGAUGCCCUUGUCUGCGCUUUAUGCUGCACCCUCUGAAGUCUUCAUCAUCAUACGAAUGCGACGGCUGCAAUCACCACGCAUCUUUUCACUCGAUGGAAAACAAGGCCGAAGACGAAAUACGCAAGAAGUGGGAGCAGGAGGCCAAGGACAAGGUCGAACGCGAGGAAGAGACAGCGCAACGGCCUAAAAAGCGCCCACGUGCAAUUGAGUAUCGC